UGUUUGUUUAUUGUAGAUUCUGGCGGAUGCAAUGGGACUUGGAAAGACUGUUAUGACAAUUGCUUUGAUUCUAAGUAAUCCAGGCAGGGUGAAGUCAGAAGACAGUAACGCAGAGAGCCUAUAUGACAACAUUUUCUCAACUAAGAGGAGGAAUAUUAACAAUGUAGAGGGUGGCACUCUGAUUGUUUGUCCCAUGGCAUUAUUGGGUCAGUGGAAGGACGAGCUUGAAACACAUUCAAAAUCAGGCAGCAUAUCCAUAUUUGUUCAUUAUGGUGGGGGUAGAACUGAUAAUGUUGAUUUGUUGUUAGAGUACGACGUUGUCUUGACAACAUAUGGUGUCCUAUCAGCUUCAUAUAAAAGUGAUGGAGAGAAUAGCAUCUACCACAGGGUCCAAUGGUUCAGAGUGGUACUAGACGAAGCUCACCAUAUUAAAGCCCAUAAAAGUCAGGUUGCCCAGGCUACUAUUGCCCUGUCCUCACACUGCCGCUGGUGUCUAACUGGAACACCGCUUCAGGUUAAUUAUUGA